GAAGCCAAUAUCAGGGAGCUUGUAUUCUUCCCCAAAUUCUUACUCACUGUGUUCGAAACCCUAAAUCCAUAUUAAAUCCUCUCUCUCCUUUCAUCGAAGGCUUGCUCCCGCCAGAUGGCAUUGCAAGAGCAAUUAGAUAGAUUUAAGAAGCAGCAAGAGAAAUGCCAGUCAACCCUGAGAAGCAUUUCCGAUAAAAAGACUGCAGCAAACCCCAGAGCUGUUCCCAUAGCAGCUUCUAAAGCUCCCGCUCCUGCCGUUAAGUUCUCUAAUGACACAGAGAGGCUCCAGCACAUUAACAGCAUCAGGAAGGGGCCUGUUGGAGCUCAGAUAAAACGUGUGAUAGAUCUGCUUCUAGAGACAAGGCAUGCCUUUACUCCAGAGCAAAUUAAUGAAGCGUGUUAUGUUGAUGUGAAUGCCAACAAAGCUGUCUUUGACAGUCUGAGGAAUAAUCCCAAAGUUCACUACGAUGGGAAGCGUUUUUCAUAUAAGUCCAAGCAUGCUCUGAAGGAUAAAACUCAACUGCGGAACUUAGUACGGAAAUUUAUGGAGGGAAUACCUGUCAUUGAUUUGAAGGACUCUUAUCCAACUGUGAUGGAGGACUUGCAGGCUUUGAAGGCCUCGGGUGACAUAUGGCUACUUUCGAACUACGAUUCACAAGAGGACAUUGCUUAUCCAAAUGACCCCAGGUUGCCUUCCACAAAGGUUGAUGAUGAGCUCAAAGCUUUCUUCAGGGAGAUUGAACUGCCUCGUGAUAUGCUGGACAUCGAGAGGGAUCUGCAGAAGAAUGGUAUGAAGCCGGCCACAGAUACUGCAAAGAGGAGGGCUGUGGCCCAGAGUCAAGGCAUUCAGGCCAAAUCCAAGCCCAAGAAGAAGAAGAAUGAGAUCAGCAAGAGGACCAAACUGACAAACGCUCAUCUUCCGGAGCUCUUCAAGGACUUGAAAGGCUGAAGCCAUUUGAUCAUGCAUGCACACUCUUAUGUGAAAUUUGACCAUCUGGAAAGAGAGAAACAAAGUCGAGACAGAUUUUGUCGGUUGAAAUUGAUGUUUCCUAUUUCUUUGUAUAGCAGAAAAUGUUGUUGACUGAGGAAGAUCGCGAACAGUUGCUGUGUCAGCUUACAUAUUUGUAUCACGAAUGCACAAUUCACUGGAA